AUGCUACCAGAAGAUAAAUCGGAAGCGGAGCCCCGACAGCUGGUGAACAUGACUGCUCAGGACGGGUGCCUGCCACUGCGCAAGAUCAACCUGACCAACAAGGUGGCGCUCAUUCGGGACUUAGGGCACUGCCCACUCGAGACUGUUGCCAAGAACUUCCGGGAAGUCAAGGCCUACGGUCUAGUUGUAGGCCUCUCCGGCAGCAAACUCGACGACGUAGUCUACGAAGGCAGUCAUCUGAGUCCCUCGACAUGUUGUCGGAUUCGUCAACAGAAGGAGCUUAUCAAAGUUGAUGAAGCUGAUGACACCGAAGGAACCGCUGCCCACUCAACUGUUCACAAGGAGCCUGAAGUCGACAAAGGGCUCCUCAUUGUUUGGUGUAUCGCUACUUUCAGCGUUGCCAUGGGCGCUUUUUACCUUUACCACGAGUACAAGGCGAGCCGGCCUGCACCUACAGCAGAGGAAUCUCAACUGAGGUCGGCGAGCAAGCGUCGAAGAAGUGGUGACGAAGCCCGAAGAAUCGACAUGGAGGAGGACAUUGACCUGCGCGUCACACCAAGUCCAUGGUCAUUGUACGUGAUCAUAGGUAUGUUCGUGCUCGCCUCGACAGUUGCUCUCGUCGGAGUGCUUGAACCUUUGUUCUAUAUGGUGCCUUUUGGCACGGCAAGGCUACCGAAUUACGCGUUCCCCUGCUUCUACGGCUCGCUGGAGGUGCGCCAGGUGUUGCUGAUUUUGUUCUCCAUCGGCCUGGCCUUUUCGUGGGUCGUCAUCCGCCACAACUCCAAGUCUUGGCUGCUACAGGAUUUCUUGGGAGUCAUCUUCAGCAUCUACAUGAUCAAGACCUUACGCCUGCCUAACCUUAUGGUUAUCUGCGUUCUGUUGGUCUUGCUUUUCUUUUACGAUAUUUUCUUCGUAUUUGUCACGCCGUAUCUGGUUCCGAAAGGAGACAGCAUCAUGGUGGAGGUUGCUCGGGGAGGAGGCAGCGACGAGCAGAUACCAAUGGUUUUGCGAGUUCCACAUUUGAGCAACGAAGACAUCAGCGCAUGCUUCGGGGAGUACUCCGUGCUGGGAUUUGGAGACAUCCUUAUUCCCGGUUUCCUCGUGGCUUACGUGCACAGUUUCGACUUGAUAGCGACCCAGGGCUGCCUCUACUACGUCACCAGCGUAACCGCCUACGGCGUCGGUCUCCUGGUUACCUUCAUUGGCCUCUACAUAAUGAAGAUGGCCCAGCCCGCCCUGCUGUACCUUGUUCCCGCGACACUCAUUCCGGUCAUUCUCAUCGCCUGGUAUCGCGGGGAGCUUCGGGAGAUUUGGUACGGACUCAAGCCUGAGACGCCGUUACCCUCCGAGGAGGAACCAGAGACUUCCACAGUACCGGGCAAGAGGAAAAACUCCAGGGACGAAGAAGAGCGGCACGCCUCGUCGCGUCCCUCGACAUCGACCAUUGAGACGCCUACACAGACCUCGGUGGCGCCUUCGCCGUCCGCUAUGUUCCCCGUGCACCGCUUCCCGCCCAGACCUCUAAGCCUGCCAGUGCCGUACACGCCAGCACCGCCGCUGUUCCAAAUGCCUCCGCGAUACUUUUGAACAAUAUGAGCUCACUAAACUGUUCGGAGCUUCACUGCGUAUACCGGUAUAUGUAGUUGCGCGCAUCCGUAUAUAUUCGUAUUUGGGCAUUUGUAAAGCGUCGCGUAGUAAACAAUAAAACCACGGCCAA